CAGAGGAAGUAGCUGAGAAGCUCACCUUACAACACACACACAGAGGGAUAGUGAAUUCAUGCUCCGCUGCUGUGUCGGUGCUCUGAUUGUCCUAAUGUCUUUGUCUCCAACUGGAGAUGAAUAGAACUAAGAGGCCGUGAGCUCGUCUGCUACGAACCACAAACCACAAUGCAUUUGGACACUGACACUUCUACAGUAACAUCCUCAUUCUCACCUGCCGUCUGUCUGGCAGCAGCUUGCUGAAUCAGCCGCAAGCGCUCGGAAAUCGGAAGAAUGUCGCAGAGCGCCUUUUACAGAUGUGAAAAGACCCCAUGGACCAGAGUGAGACGAUGCUUGUGUUUUUGGAUGCUGUUACUCACCGUUGGAACGUUUAUGUUAACCUUCUACGUUUCAAGCCUCAACCUGUCAUGGCUUCUGACGUCAAAUACUCCAGAGGAUAUCUCACCAGAGGACCUUUCAGUGUACUUUGUGUCCUACCCAAGCCAGUACAGUAUCACAGUGGAUGAACCACAUAGAUGUUUGCAAGAAAGGCCAUUCUUGGUUCUUAUGAUCCCAGUCGCACCCAACAACAGAGAGGCCCGUGACACGAUCCGCAACACGUGGGGCAAAGAAACAACAGUGCUGGGCAAAGUGGUCAGCCACUACUUCCUCCUGGGAAUGUCCAAAGAGGAAGAUGGCACAGAAAGCAUCAAAGAGCAAGUGCUAGAGGAAAGCCGGAGACAUCACGAUAUCCUCCAGAGUGACUUCUUGGACAGCUACAAUAACCUCACUAUCAAAACCAUGGUCAUGUUCGAAUGGCUCAGCUCCCAUUGCCCCAACACUUCCUUCGCCAUGAAAAUAGACUCGGACAUGUUCCUUAAUGUCCGCAACCUGGUCGACAUGCUUUGGAAAGCCCCGCGACACCUCUACAUGACGGGAAUGCUGGCGAGCGGUGCUUCUGUUCUCAGAGACCACACCUCAAAGUGGUUUCUGCCGGUUUCCGUCUUCCCUGAGAACUAUUUUCCACCGUACGCCCUGGGACUGGGCUAUGUGUUCUCACUGGAUUUACCCAAGAGGAUACUGGAGGCGUCGGCACAUGUUAAAGCUAUUUACAUCGAAGAUGCCUACGUGGGACUGUGCAUGAGGCAUUUGGGAAUCGUACUGACGGAUCCUCCUCGUGGUGAUUUGUUCCAGGGAAUGGUGCCUGAUGAGACAAGCAACUGUUACUGGACCUCAGUCAUAACAACAAUACUGAAGAACUCCGACCAGCUUUCACUAGUAUGGAGAGUGUAUCAGUCUCAAGAUGGCUGUUGACACUUCUGACAAUCUCAUGCCCCUGCACAACAAAACUCUCAAUACAUGUUAUGUUAUUGCUUUUAUCUGGUCUGGGCGUUGGAUACCAAAGUAACAGAGUUUGUAGGGCAGAUAUGUAUUUUUUUGAGGCUGAGGUAAUUCAGGUUUAUAUCUGAGGUGUUUGUAGAGAUGUCACAAAUGGUUGCAAAGGUGUCAAUAAUUGUGACGAUCUUAGGACGUAAACCAAUGGGGUUGUCUGCACGUAGAGCUCCUGCUAUUUGUUUUGAUAUUCUUUUUUCAAAGUAACCUUAAUGGCAUGAAGGAAAAUGUCAAUUUCUUUUGACUAUGAAACAACCAGCACAAAAAAUGUAUGACUACAUUUUACCACGGAAACUAAAGGCAGAAGGGUAUUGAUGGGACCACAGCCGCACAACUUUGAAACAAACUGACUCACCACAAAGCUUAUAGAAAUGUAUUUUUAGGGAAACUAGAAAACAUUUACGUGGCGGUACAACACAUGCAGCGGGGCUUUGUGUCUCGGAUAGCGAGACUGUUAUGAGUGAAAGUGUUGUGACGGUGCCCAUUGGUUAGAAGUUUUGCAUUUUGGCAGUCGCCAUUUGUUUCAUAUUUCAUGCACAGCAUUUCCCUAUGAAAAUACAGCUCGGGGAACACGAAGUACAGCAACAAUUGUGCGAGGAAUUAUUUUUGAAGAAAUAGAACAGAAUACGUUUCUUUAACAGUUGAUGGAAACAGAUGUUACAGUUUGGUGUUUCUGUUGAUUUGCUAUACUAGAGAGUUGGUUCUCAUAUUUAAUAUUUCUACAUUCAUUUGUUUAGCUCCUCUUGUGGUGUGGCUGUAAGGUAAUGACAGUCAGGUCACCACUACUAAAAUAUCUCAACUACUGAAUAUGAUGACCAUGAGAUGUAUUGUCCUGUAAAGGGUGAAUCCUGCUGAUGUUAUGGAUCAUCUAUCGUGCGAUUGUUUCUCGUAGUUUUGUGUGAAAUGUCUUGACACGCCAUGCAAUUAUUCAUAAUCUCCAGAGUAUGCGUUUUAAUGACUGUGGUAAUCCAGUGACUCUUCCUCGAGCCGCACCCUCUGGUUGGCAUUAUUUGUUCAGCGUGAAAAGGUCUGAUAAUUAUUAGAUGGAUUGCCAUAACAUUAAAACAAUAUAUUGUCAUAACUUGGAUGAUCCUUUAACUUUUCCAUCUCCAGGUAAAAGAAAAGAAGGUGUAAUGAAUCCGUUAGUCUACGGUAGCGUAGUUUACCCUCCAGUUAGCCUGAUAACUGGUUCAAAGAAGAGGCCUCACACCUCAAUAGUAGAGAUCCUUUAAAACGUGUUAACACCCUCACCUCGAGAUGACAAAACAGCAGGACCUGGACAUGUCUCCAGGGGUGUAGUGGUAUUUGUAUUUUGAUUACAUAACUGCUUCUAAAUUAUUAAGUAUACUUCAAAGUCUUCCAUGAAGAUGUUGCACUAUUAGCCGCCUCUGUGUAUGGUGAAGUAUGUGGAAUGGUGGUAGCACUGACCCUGGACAGCCUUAAUUAUAUAGUACAGCCGAGUCAAGGAUUAUUGUGUGCUAAGCACAUGUACAUAGGUCUGACACCAAGCGCCCCCUUAUCUCCUGUUUUCCAAAGAAACACAACGCAGGGAAUCUUCUGGAAGCCAGCAGCAGCGUUUAGCUGCAGCACUUCAAAUGGUAUUGAUCAGUUAGACCUACAGCCACUGAAGGCCUUUAAAGGUAAAUCAAUUGCUGCGCACUGAUGAGCAGAUACACAUUAUUUAUUUUUUUAAACUGUAAAUGUAUGUACGAUUUGUUUUUUGACAAUGGAUAUGUUUGACUUUUCCAAUAUAAUUAUUUCAUUUGCAUGGAAAUAUUUGUUUUUGUUUUCCUUAAUACAUGUCAGUUAAUUCAACUAAAUACUGAUUCAUCCCAUCAAAGUUAAUUUUUGUUACAUAUAUUUUAUAUUGAUGUUUGCAGAUACACUGCAGACCUUUUAUCUUCCACAACAAUCAACAUAUUCAAUUGUAUACUGUACAUAUGAAAGUGAGUGAGUGGUUAGAUGAGCCUCCUUUGUGUGAAAUGCAUGUUUGAUCACCUUACUUUGUCUUUUCUCCCUUUUCAAUUGUUCAGCAGUGAGACUCAUAAAAAGAUAUUUCCUGAUA